AUGAAGUCGGUAGUAAUUAUUCACACGAUUCAGUUUGGAUUUAUUCACGAAAGUAUCCGGCAGUUGAUAUGUCGGAAUUAUGGAGAAGAGACUUGGUUGCAAGUUUUGGAUAAGUCAGGAUUCGAGAAUGGCAAAGAGAAUAUUGUCAAUCAUUAUUACUCGGAUACGGACACAUAUGUUCUUGUUGAUAGUGUCUCUCUUGUGAUUAAAGUUACAAAAGACCAGGUAUGGGAGAUGUAUGGAGCAUUUUUGAUAACCUAUUCAAUGGAGAUCGGAUGGGAUGAGCUUGUCCGAAGUAUGAGUCCAAACUUGAAAGGAUUCUUGGAUAAUCUGGACAGUCUUCAUUAUUUUAUUGAUCAUGUCGUCUAUAAAGCAAACCUUCGUGGACCCUCUUUCAGAUGUGAAGAGACUUCUGAUGGAAGUCUUCUUCUACAUUAUUUCACUGGAAGACCUGGAUUAUAUCAUAUUGUGAAAGGAGUUGUAAGAGAAGUUGCAAAGAGAGUUUUUGAUUUGGAUAUCAAUUUGAUUGUUCAAGGAAGGACUCAGCGAAGUGUUCAUAUGAAUAAUGGAGAAAGAGUGGAAGAGCAUGUUGUAUUCUUGAUCAAAAACGUUGGAGACCCUCGUCGUGACUCGGAAGGUUCCGAGAUGAGUUUGCUCACUUCAACCAAUGCGAACUUUCCCGAAAUCCUAGAUGACACCCUUGGAAUGUCCCUCUCCGAUUUUUCUCGGGCGCUUCCGUAUCAUUUCAUCAUUGAUGAAUCCUGCAAACUUGUUCAAUGUGGAAGUGAAUUACACAAUCACAUUCCAAAUGAACUUCUCCAGCCCGGAACACCAAUUCUCAGAAUAUUUGAGAUCAAUCGUCCUCAAAUUCCAUUGGACUUUGAGAAUAUUUGUAACUUUAUCAAUGCAGUGUUUGUUCUCCAAGUUAAAACAUCCCCAUUGAAGAAGAGACAUAUGGAUGCAAUGAAUCAAGAAGAACUAAAAGAGGAAAUGGACGCACUGGAUGAUGACCCAUCGAAUGAGUUGACACAGGGACAUCAUCUGAAAUUGAAGGGACAGAUGAUGUUGUUGUCAUCCAAGAAGUAUAUCAUCUACUUAUGUUCUCCUUAUGUCACUUCUAUUAAUGAAUUGAUGCAAUAUGGAAUGAGAUUAACUGCAAUGCCGCUUCAUGAUGCUACUCGAGAUUUGAUCCUUUUAAAUCAGCAGAGAUUAACAGAUGUUGAAGUGAAUCUUCAAUUAGAAGCAAACAAUGAGCAACUUGACUCAAUGACAAAGGAACUUGAACUUGAGCGUCAGAAGACGGAUUCGAUUCUGAGGGACAUGCUUCCGAAACGUAUUGCCCAGCAACUUCUCAGUGGAGAACACAUUGAGGCAUGUGAGCAUGAGGCUACUGUAAUGUUUUGUGAUCUGCCUGCAUUCCAACAAACAAUACCUCAAUGCCCUCCAAAAGAUAUUGUCAACAUGUUGAAUGAUAUAUUCCGGAAACUGGACAGAAUCAUCGUGAUUCGUGGAGUUUUUAAAGUGGAGACCGUCUCCGACAGUUAUAUGGCUGUCUCUGGAAUCCCUGACUACACUCCAGAGCACGCUGAAAACAUGUGCCACGUGGCAUUGGGAAUGAUGUGGGAAGCAAGAAGUGUGGUGGAUCCUAUCACAAAAACUCCGUUCUUGCUGAGAAUUGGACUUCAUUCCGGUACCAUUAUCGCUGGAGUGGUGGGAACAAAAUCACCGAAAUACUGUUUGUUUGGCGAGACAGUAACACUGGCUUCUCAAAUGGAAUCUCAAGGAAUGGCUGGAAAGAUUCAAUGCAGCAAAUGGACAUACCAGAAAGCUAUGGAAACUGGAAGAUUUGAAUUCAGUUCGAGAGGGAGAAUCCCAGUGAAUCAGAGAGGACAAACUGAGACUUAUUUUUUGACGAGAAGUUUGAAAAAGAGCAUUUGGGAGAUUAUUGAUCACGAGAGAGAUGUGAAUGUGAAUAGUAUUGAAGGAUAUGAAGAACUGGAAACUUCAAUUGAGAAUGUGACCAUAAAAUCUGCAAUCAGACCAGAUCAACGUCAUUCUGCCGCUUGUACUAUUUCUUAA